AUGGCGAAGAUGGGCGGAGACGCGGUCUACGCGAAGCGCUCCGACCGCGGCUGCACGGAUGUGCUCUGCCUGCUCCUGCUGCUCGCCACCUGGGGUGCGAUGAUCUCCGUCACCGUCAUGUCGGUGAUCAAGGAGCCCGACAUCGUCAACAUCCUGAGGUACCCGCGGGACGAGUAUGGACAGUUCUGCGGGCAGCCCGGCUCGGCGACGGAGGACCUGCCGCGUGCGCUGUACCCGACGCUCGACGCUGACUUUGCGAGCCAGGUGGCCGAGGCCAGCAGCCUUCCAUUCUGGGAGUACUACAAGCUCAAAUUCACGUCGAUCUGCGUCGCCGAGUGCCCAGACGGCCUGUCGCUCUCCGAGUCCGCCCUGGGCGUGUACGGCGGCGCGGACUACCCCACCGGAGACGCCGUCAAGGACGAUUCCAGUUGGAACUACACCACGCCCGAGUUUACCUACACCUUCCGCACGGCCAACCUGUACGGGCGCUGCCUCCCUCUCGGCAACACCUUUGCGGCGCCCGAGCAGGUUCUGUGCGUCUCUCCCAACUGCUCGUAUGCCAUGAGCGCGCUCGCCAUCAACGUGACCGAGUGCGCCGUGAUCCCGUCGCGAGCCGACGAGCGCGAGACGUGGGAGGUGUGCGCCGAGGACACCGGCAGCGCCGUCUGCGACGCGCAGGAGAAGGCGUGCGAGGUUGCGGUGCGGGUCGAGACGGCGCAGACCUUCCUCCCGGCCGACGGCGACGAGACGACGGACGCGCUCACGCGCAAGCUUGCGCAGUACGUCGCGCUCACGCUGCGCAUGUGGGACUCCAUCGCCGCCUCGUGGCGGGUCGUGCUGGCGCUUGGCGUGGCGCUGCCGGUGGCGCUCGGCUUCAUCUACGCGGUGCUGCUCUCCCUCUUCGCGGGCGUGGUGAUCUGGUCGCUGCUCGCGCUGCUGCUCGGCGGCAUGGUCCUGCUCUCCGCCAUCCUGUGCGUGCACGCCGGCUGGCUCGACGUCCCAACCGACGCGUACUCCACCUUUGAGGACGCCCUCGGCGCCGUCGCCAGCAACGACACCGCCGCCAUCGCGUCCGCGCAGGCGGAGUCGCUGCUCGUGCCGGCCGGCUCGCUGUCCAAGGACUGGUACGUCGUCUUUGCCGUCCUCUCCAUCGCGGCCACGCUGGUCAUGCUGCUCUGGUUCUGCGCCUCGUGGCGCGCCAUCCGCAGGGCAGUGGCCAUCACCGAGGAGGCGACGAAGGUCUUCUCGACGCUGCCGUCGCUCAUGAUCUGGCCGUUCGUCGAGCUCGGCUUCCAGGCCGCCUGGCUCGUGUACGGCGUCUUCGGCCUCGCGGUCAUCUCCUACCCGCCCGUCUGGGGAGGCGGCUCGACCACCACACUGCUCGCCCUCGCGCACGUCGCCGGCACGCUGUGGGCGAUCCAGUUCAUCAAGGCGUGCGACUACACCACGAUGGCCGCCGCGGUCGCCUACUGGUUCGUCACCACCAACGUGGAGAAGGACGGCUGCUGCGGCGCCGCAAAGUGUUGCCGCGGCUGGUCCUCCGGCCUCGGCUUCCCAAAGCUGCUCGACGCCGCCUGGACCGUGUCCACGCGCCACCUCGGCUCGCUCGCGUUUGGCUCCGCCUGCAUCACCAUUUGCCAGCUGCUCCGGCUCGUGCUGUACGCGGUCCACGCGGCCACCAAGCAGACGAAGGCGGACCGCAACUUCCUCGUCCGCUUCCUCUUCAAGUGCGCCAUGUGCGCCCUCUGGUGCCUCGAAAAGUGUGUCGAGUUUGUGUCGUACUAUGCGUACGUGCACAUCGCCAUCGACGGCACGAGCUUCUGCGUCGCCUGCCGAGACACGUUUGGGCUGAUCGUUAAGUACCCGGCGCAGACCGCGAUCAACUCGCUCGUCAAGCGGCUGCUCUGCGGCGUGCUGCUCGGCCUCUCCACCCCCUUCCUCGCCUCCGCCUGUUGCUUCCUCUACCUCGACUCGCUCGACGACUUCACGGCGAGCCACUCGCCGCUCUACUCCGCCGCCGCCGUGUUUGUCAUCGCGUGGUUCGUCGCGUCGGGCAUCUCCAACGUCUUCGAGGCCAUCCUCGACACCGUCUACCUCUGCGCCUUCCAGGACAUGGACCAGAACUCGCCGCCGCGCUACCUCUCCGCCUCGAUGCGCUCUGCGCUCGGCAUCGACGCUGCGAGCGAGGAGGCGGGAGGCUCGGCCGAGUACUUCAAGAAGGCGUCAGACCGUCACCAGCAGGCCGGAGGGGCGGUGCCGGUGGCCAGGGAGGACGGCCAGCCCCCGAUGCGUGCGAUCUCGACCAGCGACGGCAUCCGCGCGUGA